CUAUUUCCUGUUUUCAAACAGGGAACUUAGCAAAGCAAAAGCCACUCAACCACUUACGGGAGCUUGGAACAGAGAAAAUAUGUGACCCGCUCCUGGACCCUUGGACGUACUCAGGGCCCGAAGACCUCAGAGUGAAGAUAAAAGUAGUCCCUAUCACCGAUGGUGGUCAGAUUAAGUGAGAGAGUGAGCGGAUUGAAUGCAGAGUGCACACCAAACAAGUUCCACUUUGCUCACUGGGCACACUCACCAGCCAUGUGACCUUGGGCUAGACCUCCGUUUCCUCAUCUGUUAUUUACGGGAAAUGAUAGAUUUCUGUGAGCUGUAAAUUAGACAAGGAAUAUGAAGAACUAGGUGACUAAGAAGUGGGCCAAAUAAGCUGUCAGUAAAAGUUUCCUUAUAAAUAGAUAGAUGACAGGUGAUGUAUAGAUUAUAGAUAGAUGGUACAGAAAUAGAAAAAAUAGGAUAAAGGAUACAUGAUGAUGAUAGAUAGGUGAUAGAUAGGUAACUUGAUAGGUAGAUGAUAGAUGAUAGAUAGACAGAUGAUAGAUAAUGAUAGAUAACAGAUGAUAGACAAUAGAUGAAUGGUAGAUGAUAGGUAAUGAUAGAUGAUAGACAGAUUGGUAGAUAGAUAAUAGACAGUAGAUAGAUGAUGUUAGAUGAUACACACAGAGUAAUCUAAAAUUGAGCAUUGGGGCAUUUAACUGGACAAGCCAUUAUCUUGGCUUGAAGUCACCACAUUGAAAAUCAAGAGCAACUUAAUAGUACAAGGAUCAUAAUCCUAACAGAAGGUCUACGUCACCUUGGAACCAUCUGUCCAGCAGAAGAGCAGACCCAGCCUUGGAACAUGGCAUGUCCUGAGCACCCUGGGAGCCCUGGCUGGACAGGACCUGUAACCCAGUGUGCUGCUAAGACCAAGCAGGAAGCACCCACCUCGGACCCAGAUCUCCCAAGCCCAGGACCUAGAGAACACUCAGGUGCCCACCCCAGUCCGAGCUCCAACUCCAGCAUGACCACCCGGGAGCUGCAGGAGUACUGGAAGAAGGAGAAGUGCCGCUGGAAGCACGUCAAGCUGCUCUUUGAGAUCGCCUCAGCCCGCAUUGAGGAGCGAAAGGUCUCCAAGUUUGUGAUGUACCAGAUCGUGGUCAUCCAGACGGGGAGCUUCGACAGCAACAAGGCUGUCCUGGAUCGGCGCUACUCGGACUUCGAGAGGCUGCACAAGAGCCUGCUGAAGACGUUCCGGGAGGAGAUGGAGGACGUGGUGUUCCCCCGGAAGCGCCUGACGGGGAACUUCUCGGAGGAGAUGAUCUGCGAGCGCAAGCUGGAGCUCAAGGAGUACCUGGGGCUGCUCUACGCGCUGCGCUGCGUGCGCCGCUCGCGCGAGUUCGCCGACUUCCUCACGCGGCCCGAGCUGCGCGAGGCCUUCGGCUGCCUGCGCGCCGGCCAGUACGCGCGCGCGCUCGAGCUGCUGGUGCGCGUGGUGCCGCUGCAGGAGAAGCUCACGGCCCACUGCCCCACGGCCGCCGUCCCCGCGCUCUGCGCCAUGCUCGUGUGCCACCGCGACCUGGAGCGCCCCGCCGAGGCCUUCGCCGCCGGGGAGCGGGCCCUGCGGUGCCUACAGGCCCGGGAGGGCCAUCGCUACUAUGCGCCCCUGCUGGACGCCAUGAUCCGCCUGGCCUACGUGCUGGGCAAGGACUUCGUGUCCCUGCAGGGCAGGCUGGAGGAGAGCCAGCUCCGGAAGCCCACCCACCGGGGCUUCACCCUCAAGGAGCUCACGGUGCGGGAGUAUCUGUCCUGAGCCAGCCGGGCACCUGGCAGGGAGACUAGGGGCCACCGUGGCUCCGGUGGGCGGCGCGGGCAGCGUUUUUCACGGGAGGACCUGUUGGGAGCUGUGAGUUGCUGGGUGACGUUCGGCAAGUCCCUCUGAUCUGUAUGGAACGAGGUGCUCCUGGGACCCCCUGUGUUUCUAGCUUAGGUCCCCUGAUGUCGGGCUCCCUUCAUCUCCAAACCACAAAACUAGCUGCAAAAAAUGUUGGAGAGUGCUGUGGACCUUGCUGAUGUUUUUGUGGGAAGCAGGAGGAGAGGUUUGCAUCACGAAUCAUGGACUAAGCGCAGGUAAUUUCCUGGCAGAGGGCUCUCCAGCUGCCCUGGGUCUUUUUGUGCUGCUCUUAUGCUUAUAAGUAGACCCACCCAGCCGGGUGUGGAGGCCCCCAAAAAAGGGCUGGGGAUGUGCCUCAGUUUCCAAGUGCCCCUGGGUUCAAUCUGCAAGACCAAAAAAAAAAAAAAAAGACCCACCCAUUAUCCUAAUAUUCUUGCUCUUCCCCUUAGCAUGCAGACCUCACUCGGCAAAUCAAAGGCUCUCCUAUUGUCCCUUCAGGACAGCCUCUUCCCCUGCAGAGCCCCCAGGGUGAAGGUUGUACACCGUCUCUUUGAAGGGUGGGAGGAGGAUACUGGGCCAGAAAGCUAUUAUAUCAUAAGAUUCUAUGACAGGCAGUUUUAGAAAGGGAAGUUCCAGAGACCUCUCUGACUAGGAUGCUAGAACACAUUGCCUGGAGUUGUAGUUUCACUCAUAUGGCCGAUGUUUCCUGAAUGGCAUCCCCAGAUAUGUAGAUGUAGCCCUGGAAGGAGGGGGAAUAAGAACAUGCAGUGGGGCCUCUGGAUAGAAAACAGACUGAAUUCUCAACAGCUCUCCAUUUGAGGUACAGAGUUCCUGGAACCUCUCUGACAGUGUGGGGCCUACUGUCUACUGUCAGGAAAGGACUACUGAGGCCUACUAUCAGGAAAGGACUCACACCAUGGACACCAGAGUGGGGUGGAGAGCCAGCACCAAUGACCUGAGCUAACGGUACAGGCUGAAUUGGGCCAAUGUGUAUCUGAGCCUGGAAGCCCCUGAAGACCUAAACUAAACUAUCUGGCCAAAAUUUGGAAACCCUAAUGUUGGGCACUACUUUGGCCAGGGUGGGAUAUGGCCCAGGUCAAGGUAGCAGUGGACAAGCAUUCACUAAACUACACCAGAGUCUGUUCAACAGCGACACCUUGUGGCAACCACUGUGUGGCCCAAUCCCGGCUCUUUCCUGAGGGUGAGAAUAAAACACAGACAGCUUUGGACAAAGAAAACCCUCCUGUCUCUCUGUUUACUCCAGGAGAAGGACCCUGGAAGCAGGAAUAUGUUGGACUUCUUGAAAGCCAGGGCAUAUGGGAAACUAGAGUGUUAAAUGAAAAAAAUAAAAGUAGUGACUCUGCUAUUAUGAA